UACUAUAAAAACCAAGGUCUCUUCCCUCAUUUUGUGCAUCCAAAAUUCUUCAUAAAAUUUUUGUUGCAAAUGGAACUUCUAGCCCCAAAGCAGCAAAAAGGGGUCUUAGCUAACAAAAGGAGCAAGUUCAAGGAAAGGGCAAACAACAAAAAGAGCAACAAGUUUGUCGGGGUGAGACAGAGGCCCUCAGGAAAAUGGGUGGCAGAAAUCAAGGACACAACAAGGAAGAUAAGGAUGUGGCUUGGAACCUUUGGCACGGCUGAAGAAGCUGCUCGAGCCUAUGACGAGGCCGCCUGUCUUCUUCGCGGCUCAAACACCCGAACCAACUUUGCCAACCGCGGUCCGACCAAUUCUCAGCUCUCUUUGAAGAUCGAAAACCUCCUCAACCGCAAAAAGAGUUUAAAACAAACCACCCCAAAUAUUAGAGCUAGCACUAGAAUUAGUCCCACUUGUACUACUAUUUGUCCAAAUCCCGCUUCCGACCUCUCUCAUUACAACACCAACCAAAUUUCCAACUUGACAACAAACUACACUUCCUUGUCUCUUUUCAACAACCCUAAUAAUAAUAUGAUCUUUGAUGGUGCAUAUAAGCCGGAUAUGAUCAACUGCAUCGAGGAACUUCACCCGGGUUUCGAUCACUCAUGGCCUUUCCCAAUCGGGUUCGAUCAGUUUCCAAUAGCUGACCAAGGGAUGGAGCUAACAAGAGGCGUUAACAUCGAAGCAUCAUCAUCAACAUCUAGUGCAACAGAGUUGGAGUUGACAGAAUUUGGACGUGUGAAUUUAGAAAGGCAGAUAUCAGCUUCGUUGUACGCAAUGAACGGAGUGAACGAGCAUGUGGAGGAUGCAUAUGAUGGUUAUGAUGAUGCUUCAUGGAAUCUUUCCGCUUUCUAUCAGUUGUAUUGUCCAAGUUGAUAAUGUAUACUC